CCUUUGAAGGCGUGUGGUGCUCGUCACAACACACAUAACACGCACACACACAAAAGUCCACGGAGCAGGACAGCAGGACAACAGUGCGAUUCGCAAUGGAGACAGCGGGUUAAUAGUGAGAAGCAUGCAGGGGAAACACGAAUCUAUUUAGCCUCCAAAACACACCACAGUGGUGGCUUUAUCAUCGGAAAGAAGUACCUGAAGACCUGCGGGACUCUUAACGUUCCAUUCGGCUCUGCGGUGUUGCAGCCACAAGAAACGACGACGGGGAAGGAUACUUUUUAAAGUGAAAAGUUUACGGUGCUCGGCGCGGAGAUAGCGGCGACACGAUGCUUGUUUGCCGGACAAAGUGGCUCUCAUUUGGCGCCUUGCUUAUCCUGCUGGCAGUGCACUGCUCCGACACUAUUUCCCUGUCCCCUCAAGAAGCGAACCAGUUCUUGAGCAGACACCGGAGAGCUAAUCAAAUAUUCGAAGAGACCAGGCAAGGACACUUGGAGAGGGAAUGUGUGGAGGAGAUUUGUUCCAAGGAGGAGGCCAGAGAAAUCUUUGAAAAUGACCCAGAGACUGAAUACUUCUAUCCCAAAUAUAGACGUUGUAUGGAUUUGUUUGGAAAUUCAGACAAGAAACAGGAUCUGACCACAUGUGUCCACAACAUUCCCGACCAGUGUUCGCCCUCCCCCUGCAACCCCAGAGGCACGGUACGCUGUGAGGACAAAAAGGGAGACUUCCGAUGUCACUGUUUCACUGGUUGGACCGGGAGCCACUGUGAGAAAGAUGUUGACGAGUGCAGCAAGAGGAACGGUGGAUGUGACCAUGACUGCCAGAACACGAUGGGCAGUUACCACUGCUCCUGUCACCAAGGUUACAUGCUGGUAGGACGCCACAUGUGCAAUGAUGUGGACGAGUGUGAAGACCUUAACAUGUGUGGUUCGGCUCGCUGUGAGAACAACGAAGGAGGAUACAAAUGUCUGUGCGAUCCUGGCUACGUGUAUGACAAUGAGAACAAGAGCUGUGCCGAUGUUGACGAGUGUGAGGCAGAUGUAUGUGCGGAGGAGUGUUUCAACACACCGGGGAGUUUCCGCUGCUUCUGUGAUGGCCGUCAAGGCAUGAAGCUGGGCCAGGACCUCAAGAGCUGUAAGGCUAUAACUCCCUGUAUCACACCGGCGCUGAAGAGGAACUCUCGAUCUCUAUAUCUGGGCAGCAUGUUCAGUGGAUUGCCCGUGAUGAAGCUACGCUUCCGUAGAAGGAUUCACACUGGCUUUUCUGCAGAGUUUGAUUUCCGCACUUACGAUCCAGAGGGCGUCAUCUUCUUUGCCGGUGGUCACUUGAACAGCUCCUGGAUAGUGCUUGCAAUGCAUCAUGGGAAGCUGGAACUGCAGCUGAAGUACGGCUCAGUCAGCAGGGUCACCAGCAGCGGUCCUGUGGUCAAUGACGGCCAGUGGAGAAAGAUUUCAGUAGAGGAGCAGGGGCGGAGUCUUGUCAUUAAGAUUGAGAGGGAGGCCGUUAUGAAGAUUGCAGUAAACGGUGACCUGUUCACAUUAAAGAAGGACAUGCAUGAACUCAACCUCACUGUGGGAGGGGUCCCCUUCAAGGAGACUAGCCUCGUCAGCAAGGUGAACCCUCGUUUGGAUGGCUGUAUGAAGGAGUGGCGCUGGUUGACCGGAGACAGGUCAAUGCAAGAAAGCAUAACGACCAAUGAGAACAUUCAGUGUUUCAGCACAGAGAACCCUGGAGCGUACUAUCCUGGCAAAGGCUUUGCAUUCUUCAACAUCAGCUAUGAUUCCCAAAACCUGAGUGUCCGUCUGUCCCUGUAUCCAACGUCUGCUGUUGGGGUGUUGUUUGCCCUCGUUCACCAAGACACCGUCCCCCUUUCAAUCUCUCUUGCUGACUAUCAUCCUGGUACUGAUGAGUGGCGAGAUUUUGUUCUGGUAUCAGCUGGUGACAUCAUCAUCGCCAGCUCCCCGGCUCCCCUCUGUGAUGGCGAGAGUCAUGAAAUCCAGCUGAAGAUUUCAGGCAACUACACACAGUUGCUGGUUGAUGGGCAGCCUGGACGAAGUGAAGAUGCAGAUGCAGCGGUGGACCUUUUGUCUCCUUCCAGCACCUUCAUAGGAGGUCUCCCUGAGGUUCCCCUGGUCUCCACCCUGGUGACUGCGCCCUACAGCGGCUGUAUGGAGGUCACCGUGAAUGGACAAACGUUGGACUUGGACCAGGCCAUUGAAAAACAUAACGAUAUCCGUUCCCACUCCUGCCCCCUGCUGGAUUCAAACCAGUGACCUUCACUUUGCCACAGCAAAAAAAGUCAUCUAAAAAGCAGUGGAGAUUGUAUCCAGUUUAUUUAUGAGAUCAAACCUCGAGUAGUGAGGAGGUAUAUUAGAUUGAAAUGUCUAAAUCUAAACCAGGUCUUGUGGUCCAAGUGGACCCUAAGUCAAUGGUCACCAGGCACUACCAAUGACUUUAAGCAGUCUAAGUAAAUCAAUAAGCCAACAUGCGAUCUCCACUUCAUCAGGCAGAAGUCAUGGGAUGGAAUGCUUUUCUCGCCCCACCAUUUUAGCCCUCAAGAGCAUCAGUCAGAUCCAGGUCUGCUAUCUGGACCUGGUAUUCUAUACCGACAGAUGACCUGAACUUGGUUGGCCGAUAUCCACGAUUCCUGACACCUAGAGCGACCAAGGGUCCUAUUUGAAGAAAAGGGUGUAGAAAGAUGAGUCCUCCCUCCCUUUAUUAACUUCUAGAAAACCUUUGCACACAUUGCAGGUUGAUGUGGUGAGACAUGAAGCCAUGUUCUUGAUCUCUUCUCCACCAUGGCACCGCUACAUGUCUAUGUACAAUUUAAAACCAUGUGCCUACUGAGAAGAUCAGCCCUACAUUGAAGAGCACUCUACAAGAUGGCAUAUUCUUUCACAAAGCUGCAGCAUACUGUUCACUGACUGACAGCCAACCCUCCCUACGUACACUAAAGGCCCAAAUCCUGUACCCUCGGAACCAUGUUACUCUUAGCACCCACUGCAAUCCGGUCCAACAAUGACAUUCAUUAAAGAAGCACAGGGAGGGAGGGCGUCUCCGCAACGAAGAGGAAGUGCACUGCAUCCAACAAACCAUACAAGCUACUGAGAGGAAAAAGGAGUGUGCUAUAAUAUACUGUGUGUAAAUAAUGAGACUGUACACUGCUUUCUAGACAUAAACUACCUUGCAAUAUUCUCACUGAGGUUAUCAUGCAUUGAAGUGAAAAAAACACUUAAGUCUCUAAAAAAAAAAACAGUACAGCUGUGAUUUGCAUCCCUUAUGGGGAUUGAAAGCAAUAGAACCGUAGUAGAACUUUACAGAACCAUCUUUAGUUCUUUAAUUCAUAGGUGCUAACUAAACCAAAAUGCAGAAAAAAAACCUUGCCAGAGGAGCAAUGCUCAACUCCAUGAUGUACCGUAUAGUUUCCUCAUGAAUGAAUGCCAGAAAUAUUACCUUUUUUAUGUUUCGUUUUUUUAAUCGUGGUGUACAUUGUAAUGCUCUUUUGUUUUUUUCUUUUUACCAGCUCAGUAUGCGUACAAUGCUACAAUCCUAUUUAAAAAAAAAGCAAAAUAAAGAGUUCUAUGAACGUCAAAA